CCGCAUAUACGAUUCUAACAAUAAAUGAAAUGGGAGAUAUUCCAUUUACAUGUCCAGACGAUUAUAAUUACAGUUCAUCGAUAAUCAAAACAGCAUGUCGAAUUCGUUUAGCAAAUUUAAUUUCAACGUGGGCACUUGCUGUAAUUUCAAUAAUUUUUGUUUUAGCAGUUUUUACUAAUAUGUUACCUGAAUCUAAAGAUAAAAUUAAAGCCGGUAAAGGAAAUGUACCACAAAGAUUUAGGAAAGACGAAAAGGAGGUUGACGAAGAACGAAUUGCAAUAUUAUAA